GUCACUCAGUGCGCUCACAGUUAAGGCGUAAUUAUCGUUAUCAUUUGUGAAAGAUGUAUUAGUUAGCCUGCGAAUUUUAUCUUUGGUGGCCGACUAUCAAAAAGAAAAAAUGACAGAAGAGUCGGCUGUUAAAGUAUGUGUUCGAGUCCGUCCGCUCAUUGAGAGGGAAGAAAGUGCUGCAUCGGAGAAUCCAGAGCCCGUCCAGCUGUUUUGGAAAGCUGAUAAGAAAUCAAUUCAUCAGAUUGAUGAUGGAAAUUCCACCAAGAGCUUCAGUUUCGACCGAGUGUUCACUGCUGAAGAAACAACCAAUCAGCUGUACCAGGACAUUGCAAAGCCUCUGGUUGUUUCCUCUGUUGAAGGAUACAAUGGAACUAUAUUUGCUUACGGGCAGACAUCUUCUGGAAAGACUUUCACCAUGAUGGGGAGUGACCGUAUUCCUGGGGUCAUACCUCUGGCUGUGGAAGAUGUCUUCCAAACCAUUAAAAAUUGUCCAAAGAAGGAGUUCCUUCUCAGGGUUUCUUACAUGGAAAUCUACAAUGAGACGGUAACUGAUCUGCUUGUUGACAGCUGGAAGAGAAAACCCUUGGAAGUCAGAGAGACAAUUAAUAAAAAUAUCUAUGUGGCUGACCUGACUGAGGAACUGGUUACGUCUCCUGCACAAGCCCUGGCCUGGAUUCGGAAAGGAGAAAAGAACCGUCACUAUGGAAAGACUAAAAUGAACCAGCGGAGCAGCCGCUCACACACCAUUUUCAGAAUGAUCCUGGAAAGCCGAGAGAGGAGUGACCCAGCAUCAGGCGAAAAUGCUGAUGGAGCCAUUAUUGUGUCUCAUUUGAAUUUAGUUGAUCUAGCUGGAUCUGAGAGAGCAAGUCAAACAGGAGCUGAAGGCACACGUUUCAAAGAAGGUUGCAACAUCAAUCGCAGCUUGUUCACACUUGGCCAAGUUAUCAAGAAACUGACAGAUGAAGGCCAGAAGGGUUUCACCAACUACAGAGACAGUAAGCUAACCCGAAUCCUGCAGAACUCCUUGGGUGGGAAUGCUAAAACAGUCAUCAUCUGCACCAUUACUCCUGUUACUCUAGAUGAGACCCUCAGUACACUGCAGUUUGCCAGCACUGCAAAGAAAAUGAAGAACGACCCUCAUGUGACGGAGGUGUCCGAUGACGGGGCUCUGCUCAAAAGGUAUCGCAAUGAAAUUGUAGACCUCAAGCGACGUCUUAAUGAGGUUUCUUCAGUCACACAGACCACAGCGACGGAGAAGGAGGUUCUCUCCCAGCUGCUCCAAGAGAAGGAUCAACUCCAGAGAGAACAAGAGGACAGGAUCAAAAACUUGACCAAACUGCUUGUGACCAGCUCCAACCUGGUUCCUGUUCAAAGGAUGCCCAAACGCAGGGUUACGUGGGGAGGAAAGAUGCUCAGACUUGCCCGUCAGUCUGGCUGUGGACCAUCUGACCUCAGCUUUGCAGAAUCUUUCACUCGGAAGAGGAAAGCAGACCGCUCCUGUCUGAUGGAGCUGGGUGAAGAUGAUGAGGACUUUGAUUCUCACUGGGGGAUUCCUGAUGAGCCGUCAGAUGAAAUGGAGAUGAGUCAGGCCUCUGUGACUGUUCGAAGCUUUGGUGACAGUCCCAAAGACUUUGUGUCUCCUGACCGGAUGCGGGAGCUUUCUGGGAAAGUGUCUCACCUUGAGCUGCAGCUGGAAAUGGAGAGUCAACAAAAAGAGGAGGCAAUGGCAAAGGUAGAAACAUUAGAUGGAAAAGUGACAGAGCUGCAGCUGCAACUGCAAACAGAGGCCCAGCAAAAACAGGAGGCCUUAGAGAAAAUACAGACUGCAGAAAAGAGGGCAGCCGAGCUGGAGCUGCAGCUGCAGCUGCAAACAGAGUCCCAGCAGAAACACGAGGCCUUGGAGAGCAUACAGAUGGCAGAACAGAGGGCAGCUGAGCUGGAGCUGCAGCUGCAAACUGAGGCCCAGCAGAAACAGGAGGCUGCAGAAAAGGUGGAGAUGUUGGAGUUCAGAGUGGCAGAUCUGGAGAGACAGCUGGAAGAGCAGAGCUACACUCAGAGUGUGAGUGAUGAACAGAUGAGAAGAGAGUUUGCAGAGACCAUCCAGCUGUGUGAAAGUCUGGCUUCAGAGAAGGAAAUGGUGGUUGGUGAGCGAGACUAUCUGAAGCAGGAGCUGGGGAUGUUCAUAGAGCAGACUGAAAGCCUGGAGAAAGAGAAAGCUGCUCUGGCACAGGAGCUGGAGGAGAGGAGAGAGCUGGACGAGUUCAAGUCUCUGGAGGAGGAGUUCAAGAAGGAGCACGAGAACGAGUUGCAAAAGGAAAUAUCUCGCUUGAAGAAGGCUGUCGAAACCUCUGAACUCCAGUGCCUGGAGCUUCAGAACAAACUAGAAACUCUGUCUGAAGAUCUGAAGAAGAAAAGUGACUUUGCAGAGGAACUUCAGAGUAUGAGCGAUAAGGACUUGGUGCAGGAGGUGGCGAAGCUUCGUCGCUCUCUGGAUGAUGCAGAGGGGGUCAGCAGAGACACAAAGAAGGAAUGGGCUGUCCUGCGCAGUCAACACAUCGCUCUGGAGGAGGAGAAUGUGACUCUGACUGCCAAUCAUGAGAAGCUGGAUGCUGAGGUGAACAGCCUGCGCUUUCAGCUUGAGACAGAGAAGUCACGCUACAGAAAGAUGCAGAGCGACCUCCAGAAAGAGCUGAACGUCGCGUUUGAUGAGAACACCAAGCUCACCACUCUGCUAGAUGGAAAAGUACCAAAAAAUCUGAUAGACAGUGUGGAACUUGAGAGAACAGUGACAAGCCUGAAUAAAGAGCUGACGGCAUCUCAUGAAGCAGAGGAAGCCCUCAAAGCUCAGCUGGAGGAACUGGCUUCAUUACAGACUCUUCCAGAUAAGGUGGACCAUUUGAUGAAGCAGGUGUGCGAGCUGACCGAGAAGCUGUGCACUAUUGAAACUCACAGGAACAGCCUGCUCUCAACCCAGGCUCAGUGUCAGGAGGAGGCUCAGCAGCUCAGAGACUCCCUGCAGACCUCCCAGGAUGAGAUUCUGAAGAUUCAGGCAGACCUGAGCGCUGCUGCACUGAGGGAGAAGGAGCUGAGCCAGCAGUGUGCUGAUGUAACACAGCAGCUGGAUUCCCUUCGCUUAGACCUAGAGUGCUCUGUUGCUGAGAAGAGUCAGAUCAUGGCUACCAUUGAAGAGACGGGCUUGAAACUGGAGGAGAGUGAACGACACAGAGCAUCACUGGAAGAAAAAGUGAAGGAGGUGCAGCAGCUGAUGAAGGAUUUGGAGGAGAAGCUCGCUGACAGUGAAGUUUCCAGAGCCACAGAGGAGGAGAUCAGCAAAGAACUUCAAGAACAACUGAACCAGCUUACUGAAGAGCUUCACUGUGUGCGAGCAGAGAAAGAGCAGAAUGCUGGUGCUCAGAGCUCUGCAGAGGAGAUGGAGAAGAUGCUAUCUAAAGUUGCAUCUCUCACAGCAGAGAGAGACCAGCUCAAGAUGGACCUGCAGGAAAACGUCGAGAUGAUGAUUGAGAAUCAGGAGGAGCUGCGGACAGCCCUGGAGAAGAGUCGUGAACAGAGGGAGCGGAUCAAACAGCUAGAGACUGCACAAACAUCCAAACAGGAUGGUCCUCCUAAUGACACGGGUGCACAGCAAGAGGAGCUGCAAACACGUAUUCAGACUCUGACUGAAGAGCUUGAGAGUGUGCGAGCAGAGAGAGACGGCCUGCUGCCUGAGAGGACGGCGGACAGUCACAGCGAGGAGACGGAGAAGCUGCUGCACAGAGUGAAGUCUCUCAGUGAGAGCUGCCAGGAGAUACUGGAGGGACUGAGACAGGAGAAGAAGCAGCUCAGAGCAGAGCUCGGAGGACAGGAUGGAAACCACCUACACACACUACAGACUGAGAUCUGGACUCUCACUGAGAAAUUGAGGAGUGUUGAAGCAGAGAGAGACGGCCUGCUGUCUGCGAGGACAGCCGACAGUCACAGCGAGGAGACGGAGAAGCUGCUGAGCAGAGUAACGUCUCUCAGUGAGGAGAGAGAUCAGCUGCAGGAGAUACUGGAGGGACUGAGACAGGAGAAGAAGCAGCUCCAGGCAGAGCUGGAGGACAGGAUGGAGAUGGUUGCACAAGCCCAAAGUGGGUUUAACCAGCCAGAAAUACAGACCUCAGAACUGCAAGCUCAUGACAAGAAAGUAACCCAACUUCAGCAAGAGGUAGAGCAACUGCAGGCCACUUUACAGGCCGUCAGUGAACAAAAGAGCCAGCUGGAAGAUGAGCUGAAGAGUAACAUGGAGAUGGCAACAAAGACUCAAAGCCUUCUACAUUCACUUCACCAGCAGGUCCAAGAGCAGAACCAAAUAAACAUUGACCUGGAAAGACUAAGCCAAGAGAGGCAAGCUCAGCUAGAACAACAGGUUGCAGAGACUCAGGAUCUUCUACAUUCUCUUCAAGAGGAGCUCCAAGAGCAGAAGCAAAAUAACUCAGAUCAUAUGAAACUCUGUGAGCAGAAGGAGUCUGACUUAGAGCAACAGACAAAGACUUUAAGCGAACAGCUUGAGAGUGCACGAGCAGAGAGAGAUGCUAUGUUGUGUGAGAAGGAGACUGGCUGUCAGAGGUCCACAGAGGAGAUGGAGAAGCUGCUGAGCAGAGUGACGUCCCUCAGUGAGGAGAGAGAUCAGCUGCAGGAGAUACUGGAGGGACUGAGACAGGAGAAGAAGCAGCUCCAGGCAGAGCUGGAGGACAGGAUGGAGUUGAUGCAGUGUGACUUCCAGCAGCAGCUCAGCGCUGAGCCGCAGUCACUCGAAGAGAAGCAGGAGGCUCAACAAGUUGUGCAGAUCCAACAGCUCGAGGAGCAUCUGGAUAAAACAAAGGAGGAGCUGAACCAGAUGAAGUCUGAUCUUCAAGAAAAUGUAGAACUGAUGAUCGAGAACCAGGAGGAGCUGAGGGUGUCUCAGGAGAAGAUCCGAGUUCUACAAGAUGAGAUCAACAUGCUGAGGAGUCAAAAGGCAGAGCUGGAGAGCAGACCAAGCAAUGGGAGUGAUGCAGAGAAUACCCUCCAGUCACAGGAGCCCCAAAACCAGAUUCAUCGGCUGACCGAGGAGCUUGAGAGUGUGCGAGCAGAGAGAGACGGCCUGCUGUCUGAGAGGACGGUGGAGACGGAGAAGCUGCUGCACAGAGUGAAGUCUCUCAGUGAGGAGAGAGAUCAGCUGCAGGACACACUGGAGGGACUGAGACAGGAGAAGAAGCAGCUCAGAGCAGAGCUGGAGGACAGGAUGGAAACACUACAGACUGAGAUAGCACAGCUGAGUACGUCUCUACAGACUGUGACUGAGCAGAAGAGGCAGCUGGAAGAUGAUCUGCAGCAGAACAUGAAUAUGGCUUCUGCAACACAAGAGCUUCUGAAGUCAGUCCAGGAGGAGCUGUGUCAGCAGAAGCAGAUGAACUCUGAUCUGGAGAAACUGAGUCAGGAGAAGGAAUGCUCUUUAGAUCAGCAGAUGAGGACUGUAACUGAGAAACUACAAUGUGUUGAAGCAGAGAGGGACGGUCUGCUCUCAGAGAAGGAAACCAACAGUCAGAGGUCCACAGAGGAGACGGAGAAGCUGCUGCACAGGAUGAGUCUCUCAGUGGGGAGAGAGAUCAGGGCAGGAGAUACUGGAGGGACUGAGACGCAGAGAGCGAGAAGUCAGGUCGAGAGCAGAGCGUGGAGGACAGGAGUGGAAACACUACAGACUGAGAUGUGGACUAUAAGUGAAAAACUGAGGAGCAUUGAAGCAGAGAGAGACGGCCUGCUGUCUGAGAAGGAAACCAACAGUCAGAGGUCCACAGAGGAGAUGGAGAAGCUGCUGCACAGAGUGACGUCUCUCAGUGAGGAGAGAGAUCAGCUGCAGGAGAUACUGGAGGGACUGAGACAGGAGAAGAAGCAGCUCCAGGCAGAGCUGGAGGACAGGAUGGAGAUGGUCUCAGCCAUCCAGGAGAAGUUGAACAUGCAGCAGGAGGCAGAGAGAGGAGAGCGAGAGGCCAAGCUGCAACAACAAGUGCAGCAGCUUGAGGAGCAGCUUCAACUGUUCAGAGAGAGACAAACACGGGCUGAAGCUGCAGCUGACACCUCACAGCAGUUGCUUAGUGAAGCAAACACGACCAUCUCAGCACUCAAGGAGCAGCUGAGCACCUUGGAUCAGAACACCAGUGGAGUCACAGAGACAGCGUCUUCUCGGCUGCAGGUCUCUACUGGGCAGCUUCAGGAGUCCUUCAGAAGGUUCCAGCACCUUAUAGAUACUUGUUCCAAGUAUAACUCGUCAGUUCUGGACAAGGCUCUGAGAGGACAGUCGUCCCUGAAGCAGCCUCUUCUGACCUCUCUUCCGAAACCCACCAUGAAUACCUACAGCAAUGUCUGUAAGCUGGGACUGAAGACUGUUCAAAGCCUGGGCAACAUUACGGAGCACCUGCAGGCACAAGCACAGGGCUACAGGAAUCUGUUUGAGGAGCUGGUGAAGAAAGAUCUGGCUAUUUUCGAGGAAAGGCGUCUGCAGGAUGUGCUGCUGUGCAGAGUGCAGGCCCCCAGCUACUCCGUCAAAGAUGAGGACUUCCGCACAAUGUGGGAACACAGGCUGACUGAGCUGCUGGACAAGAGGCAGCUCUACCUGCAGAAAAUGGCCACCGUUUUGGAGAAGCUCUGGGCCAACAUCGCUUCUUUCCCCAGCGAGCUGUCAUCUGAGAUCAGAGAAAGGGAGAGGUUCAAGGAGCAGCUGGAGGCCGUGCUUGACAACCAGCCAAUCAGCUUCAGCAGGCUGGACAGCAUCCUGAGCUGUGAGCUGGACCGCAGAUCUGCAAUGGUACACAGCAGAAAGAUGACUCUGCAGGGCAUCGUUGAGGAACAGAAUGGUCUGUGUGAGGAGCUGAAGCUGCUGGAGGCUCAGGCUGAUUCUCAACUCCGAGGCGAGAGAAGCAAGAGUUCCACUCUGCUGCAGGCGCUGGAGGGAGCUCCUCUGAAAACAGAGCUCUCCCUGCUGAAGGACAACCAGCAACUUGUUCUUCAGCUCCAGCAAAUGGAGGAAAAAGUCAAAGCUCUGAGUGUGCAGAAUGAGCAGCUGGAGCACGAUCAGAUCAAAGCCAACAACAGGGUGUCCAACCACAAACAGGCAACCCAGCUCCUGCAGACAGAGCUGCAGGACAGCCGCGCACAGGUUGAGGAGAAAGACGGUAUGAUCCAAACCCUGAGGAGCAAACUGCGAGAGUCUGAGAAAAAUGCAUCGCCCAGUGCUGUUGAGAUGGAAAAACUCCAGACUAAAUUGUUCAAAAUGGAGGUGGAGUUGAGUUCAGCAUCUGCUAAACACCAACAAGAGAUCCAGAGCUUGAACACCUUGGUGAAUGAAAAAGAAGACUCGCUGCGGAAGCUGAAGGAGACCCUGAGGAAGUUACAGCAGCAAGGAGAUGAUUCAUUCCUCCAGGGUGAAGACCUUCAUGCCAGACUGACCAACCCCAGAGGGCUGGUGAUCAGGAGCAGCAUUGUGCUGGAGAAGACCAAACUGGAGGAGGAAGUCAAACAGCUUCAGCUGAAAAUAACCGAGCUGGAAAGCCUGGUGUCCAGUCAGCAGGCAGAGAUUGGUAAGUGGAAGGCCAGAGCCAUCAAGCUGAAGGUGAAGACCAAGGCUGAGGUGGACAAGCCUUCACCACCAUGCACGCCCACUAAAAGAGGACUCGCCACAACCUCAGACUCCUCCACCAUCCUCAGCUCGCCCAAGAAGCUUCUGGUUACUCCCAGGAAGGUCUUGGACUCUCAGGGGAAUGUCUUAGACUCUCCCAGAAAGCUGCUGGACUCUCCAAAGGUCCCUCGGCUCGACUCCCCCAAAAGCAGAUUCUUUGAUGUGGCUGUAAGCUCUGAGGUGCUGUCCAGAACCCGUCCCAAGCAGUUCUUUGACAACUCCAACCUCGGAACCAUUCCAG